CAUACAAAUGCCAUAGCAUAUAGGGUGAGGCCUUCAUCACUGCACCAGACUACAUUUUAUGUAGGCCCAGGCCUACUAUCAUUUGUCAAUGUCGUCAACACAGUGAGGGCAAUGUCUGGGUCACGUCUGAUUCAGCACUACCUAGUCCUAGCCUAUAUUCUUCGUACGUGAAGCAUUUUAAUGUAGGCUGUGCGAUGUGAGAGUUCCCGAAUUCGAAUGGCGGCUUUUGAGUGACUUCAUCUUGCCUAUCAGCUGCUGCCUAUAUCAUGGUCCCUUAUGCCUUUGGCAGGCUUUUUUCCACUGAGGACUGAUCACUUUUUAACAUUGUCCUUGCAGACAUCGAAGGUAAAGCGUCCACGCACCAUUUUUACUGAAGAGCAACAGAAAGAGCUCAAUGAAGCCAUUGACUCUGGGCUGAGGAAGACCGUGGCUAACGCUAGCCAAAUUGCCGAUUUGGCUGCGAAAUGCUGCUUGACUGUCAAGCAGGUGGAGGAUUAUGUCAUAAAUCAUACGCGUGAUUCAAAUCCCCAAUCAACUAAGCGAGUGAAUGUCAAGCCAAGGGCCAAUACUGGCUUGAAUGGCUUUCAACUUUUCAUCAAGGAAAAUAACCACUCCUUCCCUGAACGUGAUGAACCCAACUCGACCAAAUUAAAAGCUUGGAAGCAGCACUGGGAUGCUUUGAGUCAGGAGGAGAGAAAUGACUUUAACGACAAAUCAAAAACCUUGGCAAGUGAGCCGCUGGAUAAUGUGCAAGUACAUGAAAGGAAGAGGUAUCUCGUGAAGUCUGCAAUUUUGUUGAUGGACAGCUUCCAAGAGGUUGGAAUGGAGGGCUACCUGCUCUUAGUUGACCCUAUGGCAAAGGCAAACGAGUUCAAUUACUUUAGUGGUGGUACUGCUGUUGGGAAAAAAUUCUUAGACUCCACAGAGGGCAGAGCACAGUCAGAUUUUAAUCUCUAUGUUUUGAAGGGAGUGGAGAGUGCUGUCCCAUCCACAUCAGCAUCAACUUCAUCAACGCAGUGUGCUGCAAAAGUGGUGCCCAGACAGUCGAAUUGGUUACAGAAUUCUGUUAAAGCUGGAAUGAAUGAACUCUAUGCCUCAUUUGUGAAGAAGCCUGAAAAAGCCUUUGCCUAUGCAGAGUUCAGUCGACAAAAGUUUGCGGCCUUAGGAAUGCCGUGCGACAUUGUUGCCAAGUUGCGUAAAAGCAACAAUCUAAGCGUGCUUGGAAAUGCCGACUUGGAGAAACUUGAUCUGCUGCUGAAGAAGGGUGAGAUCAUAUUGGUCUCCAGUCCCUCAACAAGUUCUAGUGAUCCAUGUCCAAGUUCAGGCAAUGGUCAGAAAGAAUUCGUUGUCAAUGUCGAGGAAGGAGGAAGAGGAAACAUUUUGGUUGUCCCAAGUCGUCAUGAGAACCAGGACCCCUUUCCAACUACAACGACGUCAGGAUCCAGCUCAAAUGGCAUUCAAGAAUUCUCAGGAGCAACGCCUACAUGUAUUGUAGCAGGUGGAGAAUCAGAUUCUGAAGGGUCCAUUAGUGUGGAAAUUGUGAAACCUUCUAAGAGGAACAAGAAGGAAACAAAUGCCAAGUCUGUUGCAAAAAAGAGAAAGGUCACUGUGGCAAAGAAUUCGCAGGUAUCCAACUUUGCUGCAAAGGAAUCAAAGCAGGUUACGAUCGAGGAGAGUGCCUUACCAGAUGGUCACUUUAUAGUUGAGAAGAUCUUGAAGGAUAGGAUGAAGAAUGGGGUCAGGGAUGGCUAUGAUUCGACGCACAACACGUGGGAGCCUAUGAAGGAAUUACCAAAAGACAUUGUUACAGACUAUUAUCAGAAUAAGAAGAAACAUUAGAUAGUUGUAGUACAUGACAUACAAUGAUGUCCAGUCAUUUUCAGAUUUUGAGUGGCCAUGGACAUAAGGCCAAAUUUCAAUGAAAAAAAACGACAUUGAAAUCUAAAUGCUGAAAUGGCGCAAAAAGAAAUUUCUGAAUAUGACAUGAACAUAAUCAGAGUUUGAACGACUACCACUGCUCUGUACAAAUCAUACAAAUAUCCAAUUCACAAUUAAAACGACAAAAACUGGGUCAAGACUAGUAACUUUCCACCUGUCAUUUUCCAUCAUGAAGGUUUAAGAACCAAAUGCAACAAUAUAACUAGAGUCAGACAUGGAUGAGCAGAAUACUCAUUUUCAAAUGAUCUCAACAUCAUACAACAAAAGUUGACAGCGAAUCAUAAUAACCACCCGGUCCCCGGUCUGGUCGUUCAGCAAUAACUGGAUUUACACAACGCACUGCAAACGUCUCCAUUGCAGGAAAUGUCCAAUGAUGAAUAUUGUGAACACGGCAGAACUUCAGUAUUUUCAGACAGAGGCUGCCAUAUGCAAAGAUAUCUGAAGCGAUAGAAAAUGUUUUUUUCCUACGAAGAACUUCAGGCGCAACAUCCUCUUCCUGAAUACUACGUACUUGUCUGGCCGUGAGAACCUUGGCAGAUUCUAUCUUGCAAGAUCUACUCCAAUUGACAAGAAACAAUUUCAUUCCUGGACUCUCUGAAGCUUCCACCACAACAUGUUCUGCCCUUAAGCUAUUCCAUAAAAAACCUUUUUUGAACACACUGUCAAGGUGAAUCCCAAGUGUAACCGCCACAUUGGCCCAUUCCUCACCACUCAGUGGUCGAUAAGCGUCUGUCGAUAGAAAG